CAAACUGGUUGUAAUGCAGUUGCGGUUGCUUGCUACGCAGCUGCUGGUUCUACUUUUGGAACUGUCACUGGUGGUGCUGGUAUUCCUGCAGCAAUUGUUGCCUGUAACGCGGCAUUAGGUGUAUGCAUGUGCCAUUGUGUUGCUGCAGGUUUUUCUCCUACUCCUUAA